GCACCUUCACACUGGAGUCGCAGCACAUCACAAUCCAAGCAACCGCGUAUCAACAGUCAAAGCCACGGUCCCAUCAGAUUUCGUCAAUCGCCUAUUUGCAUGCAAAAACGAACAUGGUCAAGACCUACGCUUCUCUGCAGAGUUGUACAGACGGCAGUGCGUCGAUAUCACACCCACUCUUUACCACUUAUGUACGAUACUGCUGAUGUCACAACGCCACCAGGGCACUGCCAUGUUCUCUUCUGUAGUGAGACUUGGAAGCAUGUUGAGCCUCACGUCGGCGGGCCACACCAUGUCCGACCCGCUCACCCGUAGCCCAUUGCAUGAUCCCGUAGCUAACUCAUUGCGUUAUCCAAGAGCUCGUCCAACACGAGCUGCGGAACCGAGGUUGCCACCCCUGCGCAUCCUGUCACACACCAUGCUCGACGUCAGCCUAAGCACGCCACGCGCCGUUGCUUGUGCGGCGUACUCAUCGAGACUCGUUUUGAGUAAGUUGAUUGCCGGUGAGGCAGACGUCCGACGUACCAAGUCUCACUGUGUUGAGUAUUCAUAUCUCAGUGGCGGACAUCGAUCAGGCAAGGCUAGAUCUAGGGACACCCACUUCGACACCCACUCAGUCAACAUGGUCAUGGAAAUAAGACAGAGGACAAGACUCGCUACGGAUACGUUAUGUGAGCACUGCUUGAACGCAUUGGCUGUUGAGUGGGCAGGUGACGCCGUGUUGUGGCGCUUCGGUCACCACACUCUGACCCUGGCCAUGCUGUCUACAUCGCACCAACGAUGCUUCAGAGCCGUGUCGUCGCUGUUUAGAGCGAGACAGCCAUGUAUCCAGUCGUUUACAGUUCCCGCGUUAAGUGAAGGAAAGACAAGAGACUCAACACAGCAUCUGGAAAUGGCUUCGUGGGGUUUCCGAGGUGGUUUGUAGGUGCUGAUCCCGGCGAAGGCUCUUGGGGCGUAAAGAGUAUGCGUCA